ACUCUACUCCUUGCCAUGGCUGAUCCCAAGUAUGCUGGCCUGCCCGGAAUUGUAUAUGACCAGCCAGAUUUGUACGAGACGUGUGACCUGCCAGAGAGUGAGCAAGACUUCCCACCAAGUGAUGGGGGUGAGGGGAUGGAGGUGGAGGUGCUGCACAUCUCAGCGGGUGAUGCCCACGACCGCUUCAAGGGGAAGGUGCUGGAUGCCUCUCAUGUGGACUUCUCAGAUAGACUGUCCAACAACCGCCGCAGGGGUUAUGGCGCAAGGCGCAUUGAGUGGGAAGUGGCUGGGGAGGAGGGAGAAGAAACAGUAAUUCAAAAGUACCAGAGGCUGCAGUGUGAGGUUAACCAACUGCUGGAAGAGGUGCAGGAGAUCAAAGGCUCUGUGCAAUGUGGGGAGGGCGUGGCAUCCUCCGUGGAGCUUGGGCAGCAGGUGGAGGGGUUGCACCGCACUCUGGUAGACUUGAAGCUGGAGGACACCCUGGGGUCGGAGGUAGUUGCAUCCAUCUCCCAGCCACAGCUUGCCCUUCAGAAGAAACUCAUCAACCUUUUGGAGAGCUUCAAGCAGACAGGUCUGGUGUCAGAGAAGAAGCAGAGUGGCAGCAAGGAGGACCAGAAGCAGGGAGGCAGCAAUGUUGUGAGCAAUAGCAGCAGCAGUGGCAUUGUGUAUGAGCUUUAUUAUGCCCCGGAACAUGCACGCCUCAAUCAGCUGGCCAGUGUGGCAGAAUUGGAGAAGAGAAUUGAUCGCAUUGAGACUCUCAUUGGGAACAAUCCAGAUAAACUGUCCAGCCUAUCAGCAUGGACCAACCAUAGAUCAGUGCUGGGAGCAGUGCAGGUGCUGAGUGCCAGGUUGGCACUGCUGGAACCCACACACCUGGAUCAUGUGGAGGGCCGGUUGCAUGCCAUUCACACACGCAUGAAUUCCAUCUCAGAGAAGAAGGCAGCUAUUGAGGAUGCCGACAAGCAGAGCAAAGUGUCAGAACUGUAUGAGCUGGUGAAGAAGAUUGAAACACUGUGCUCUGCCCUGCCGGAGGUGGUGAAUCGCCUUGUUUCCUUAGAGGCUUUGCAUGACCAAGCAAUGCAGUUCAGCGGGUCUCUCAAACAACUGGAUGUUGCCCAGACUCGCCUGAGCUCAGCCUUGCACUCCAAUGCAGACCUGCUGGGUAGUGUGCAAGAUAAGUUCUUAAAGAACUUGGAGAUAAUCCACAACAACAUCACCAACUUGGAUGCCCGGGUGCAGGCACUCCAGAAGAAGUAGUAGAGGUACUGCAGCGUUUCCUGAAUGAUGCUGUACUAUGUCUGUGGCCACUACAAGAAGGGCCAGCGUGCUGAAGCCUUAGUGCCUUUGUGGCUGGACUACCAUGAACCAGACAUGAAGUGACUGACUCAGGCUCGUCUUGGGGACACUGUCAAUACUAUCCACAAUCUGGAGUAAGCUGAAGGCAAACUAACAAUCCAAAGAUGUAAUAAUGACCAGUGGCACUUCAUUAUAAGCAUUCAGUUACCACA